AAUCAUUUCUUGUUGAAUUUAUAUAACCGUGAAGGCAUUCCCACAUUCUUCUUUGUAGUUUGUUAUAUUUGUUUUUUUCUUCCUAUAAUUAUUAUCCUAUCUGCAAUGGAGAGAAAGUUUUUAUUGGGUCAAUAUUUGAUAUGGGUGAUAUUGUUGUUGGGGCAGCUACAUGGAUACAAAAGUUGUAUUCGGAAAGAAAGGAAAGCUUUGUUGGAGCUCAAGCAAUACCUGACCUCAAUCUCACUUACCGAAGAAUGGGCUCUCGACUAUCUUUUCCCUAAUUGGACUAAUGACACAAAGAGUGACUGCUGCCGAUGGAAGGGAAUUAAGUGCAAUCGUACAAGCGGACGAGUGACUGAGAUUGCCUUUGAUGGACUGUUCGUCAAAGAGAGUUCUCUCCUAGAUCUUUCUUUGCUGCAUCCAUUUGAAGAGGUUCGAAGUCUAAAUUUAUCUAUGCCCGAGUUAAGUGGCUUGUUCGAUGAUGUUGAAGGGUAUAAAAGUCUAGGGAGAUUAAGAAACCUGGAGAUUCUGGAUCUCUCUCGAAAUAGAUUCAAUAACAGCAUCUUUCCCUUUCUUAAUUCUGCUACAUCACUUAAAACUCUCUUUCUUCGGGGAAACAUCUUGGAUGGCCAUUUUCCUGCUAAUGAACUUAAAGAUUUGACAAACUUGGAGCUGUUGGACCUGAGUGAUAACAGAUUUAACGGCUCCAUAUUAAUACAAGAUUUAUUUUCCCUGAAGAAGCUGAAAGCUCUGGAUCUAAGUGGUAAUGAAUUUUCUGGCUCAAUUGAAUUACAAGGGAUUUGCGAAAUGAAGAAUAUGCAAGAUCUUGAUCUCAGUCGAAACAAACUAGAAGGUCGGUUUCCGCUAUGCUUAACUAGCUUGAGAGGACUUAGAGUUCUUGAUCUCUCAUCAAACCAAUUGACUGGGAAUGUGCCAUCUGCUCUCGGUAACCUUGAAUCCCUCAAGUACUUAUCCUUGUCUGAUAACAACUUCGAAGGUCUCUUCUCUGUUGGUUCGCUUGCUAACCUCUCAGAGCUUAGGGUGUUACAACUUGGUUCACAAUCCAACUCAUUUCAGUUAGAGUCUGAAAGUUCUUGGAAGCCAAAAUUUCAACUGAGUGUUAUUGCACUAUCAUCUUGCAACUUGGAGAAUGUUCCUCAUUUUCUCCUACACCAGAAGGAUUUGAGUCGCAUUGAUCUUUCUGACAACAAAAUUUCCGGGAUUUUUCCUCAUUGGCUAUUGGCAAACAAUACAAAACUGGAAUUUUUGUUUCUGCAAAAUAAUUCACUUACAAAGUUUCAGAUACCGAAAUCUGCUCAUAAGCUGCUUUACCUAGAUGUGUCAGCUAAUGAAUUCAGUCAUCUGCUUCCUGAGAACAUCGGGUGGAUACUUCCUCAUUUAAGGUAUAUGAAACUAGCUGAUAACAAUUUUCAAGGACAUCUGCCAUCUUCUUUGGGAAACAUGGAGAGAACUAAAUAUCUGGAUAUAUCCCACAACAGCUUCCAAGGAAAGCUACCAAGAAGUUUGGUAAUGGGUUGUUAUUCCAUGAGCUUCUUGAGGCUGUCACAUAACAAACUAAGUGGAGAGGUGUUUUCGGAAUCAGUCAACUUUACAGAUAUACUGGAGCUGUCUAUGGAUAACAAUCAGUUUACAGGAAAGAUUGGACAAGGUUUGUGUAGCUUGGAGUUUUUGGAACUGCUUGACAUUUCGAACAACUAUCUCUCUGGUGUGAUUCCGAGCUGGCUUGGUGAACUUCCAUUCAUUAAAGGACUAGUGGUUGCAAACAAUAUGUUGGAAGGUGAGAUACCUCUUUCGUUAUUCAACUCAACUCGUCUUAGGCUGCUGGACCUCUCUGCAAACACUUUAUCUGGGGGCAUACCUCCACACGUCUAUUCGGAAAGGCCGGUAGUGUUACUCCUCCAAGAUAAUAAUUUAUCAGGGGCUAUUCCAGACACAUUGCUAACGAAUGUCUCUAUGCUUGAUCUGAGAAACAACAGAUUGUCUGGGAACAUUCCCGAGUUUACCAACACCCAAACCACCCGUACUCUUCUGCUUCGGGGGAAUAGUUUAACAGGCAGUAUUCCUCACCAGUUGUGCGGCCUAAUAAACAUCCAGCUUCUUGAUCUUGCCAACAACAGAUUAAGUGGAUCCAUACCUUCAUGCCUCAGCAAUACAUCAUUUUUUUUGGAGGGAGAAGAUAUAUUUUAUGAGUAUGAUUACGUCAGUUCUUCCACGUUCUAUGGGUUUGAUCUGCAAAAAUACUUUGUAGGAGGGGCUUAUGGUAUAUCUUUCAAAUCUCUUAUUGUGCUCGAUCCGUUUGUGGUGGUAUGCGAAUCAAACAUCCAGAUCAAAAUUGAAUUUGCAACAAAACACCGAUACGAUUCCUACAUGGGUGGAAAUCUCAAGUUAAUGUUUGGAAUGGAUCUCUCAGAAAACGAGCUGAGUGGUGAUAUUCCAGUAGAGCUUGGAUGUCUUCUGCAUCUACAAGCUCUCAAUCUUUCACACAACAACUUAUCAGGAGUGAUACCAAAAAGCUUUUCAGGUCUGAAGAAUGUUGAAAGCCUUGAUCUUUCCUUCAACAGGUUGCAAGGCCCGAUCCCGCAGCAACUAGCAGAGCUGAGCAGCCUCUCCAUCUUCAAUGUCUCGUUCAACAACUUAUCAGGAGUCAUUCCACAGGGAAGACAGUUCAACACCUUUGAUCAACAGAGCUACUUAGGAAAUCCUCUUCUCAGUGGACAGUCAAUCAACAAAAGCUUUGACAGUAUUCACGAACCAGAUAAUGUGGUGGAAGCUGAUGAAUCUACGAUCGACUUGGUUUCUUUCUACUGGAGUUUCGCUGCAGCUUAUGUGACCAUACUUCUUGGAAUACUCGCAUCUCUCUCAUUUGAUUCUCCUUGGAGCAGAGCUUGGUUCUACAUUGUUGAUGUUUUCAUCCACAAGGUUAGGAAUGUGUUUGGUGGUGGCGACCUUGCGGCUCUCGCCUUCAUCAUCGCCGCCACUGUUUUCUCGUCUUUCGGCUCACCUCCUUUUACUUCACGGUCGCGAUCGUUAGUCCUACAUGGAUACAAAAGCUGUAUUGAGAAAGAAAGGAUUGGUUUGUUGGAGAUCAAACAAUACCUAAUCUCAAUUACUAUAGAAGAGGAGAUCGUCUCUGUUCUCACUUCUUGGACUAAUGGCACAAAUAGCGAUUGCUGCGGGUGGAAAGGCCUUAAGUGCGAUCUUACAAGCGGAAGGGUGACCGAUAUUGCCAUUGAUAUACCGUACCUCAAGGAUAGUUAUCUCCUAAAUCUGUCUUUGCUGCAUCCUUUUGAACAAGUUCGAAGUCUGAACUUAACUGACGUCGCAUUCAGUGGCUUGUUCGAUGAUGUUGAAGUCGAUAUACAGGAUGACCUUAUUAUUGAUGAUGUCCCCGUUGUUAGCUAUGAGAGGCUACUUGUUUGCGUUUAUAUCCAAAGUAAAAGAUUCUUGUCUGCAGGUUAUAAAAGCCUCGGAAGAUUAAGAAACCUGGAGAUUCUGGAUCUCUCCUUCAAUAGAUUCAAUAGAAGCAUCUUUCCAUUUUUAAAUCCGGCUACAUCACUUACAACUCUUUUUCUUCGGGGAAACAAUAUUGAUGGCCCCCUUCCAGUUGAAGAACUUAAAGAUUUGAUAAAUUUGGAACUGCUUGACCUGAGCGGAAACAGAUUUAAUGGCUCCAUACAAGUACAAGAGUUAUCUACACUGACGAAGCUGAAAGCUCUGGAUCUAAGUGGUAAUGAAUUUUCUGAAUCAAUGGGAUUGCAAGGCAAGUUUAAACAUAUCCUUAGCUAUCUUUCUUUUUGUGUGUGCAUAUCCUUAGCUGAAAGCUCUGGAUCUAAGUAUUUGCGAAUUGAAGAAUAUGCAAGAGCUAGAUCUCAGUCGAAACAAGCUAGUAGCUUCGAAGGCCUCUUCUCACUUGGUUCGCUUGCCAACCUCUCAAAGCUCAGGGUGUUACAACUUGGUUCACAAUCCACCUCAUUUCAAGCAGAGUCUGAAAGUUCUUGGAAGCCAAAAUUUCAACUGAGUGUUAUUGCACUGCCAUCUUGCAACUUGGAGAAUGUUCCUCAUUUUCUCCUUCACCAGAAGGAUCUGAGUCACAUUGAUCUUUCUGACAAUAAAAUUUCUGGAAGUUAUCCUCAUUGGCUAUUGGCAAACAAUACGAAACUGGAGGUUUUGUUUCUACAAAAUAAUUCACUUACGAAGUUUCAGCUACCGAAAUCUGCUCACAAUCUGCUUUACAUGGAUGUGUCAGGUAAUGAAUUCAGUCAUCUUCUUCCUGAUAACAUUGGGUGGAUACUUCCUCAGUUAGUUUUGAUGAACAUAUCAAAUAACAGUUUUGAAGGAAAUCUGCCAUCUUCUCUAGGUAACAUGAAGAGUAUUUCAUUUCUGGAUAUAUCUCACAACAGCUUCCAAGGGAACCUACCAAAAAGUUUUUUAAUGGGUUGUUAUUCCAUGAGAAUCUUGACGCUGUCACAUAACAAUCUAAGUGGAGAGGUGUUUCCGGAAUCAGUCAUCUUUACUUAUUUAAUGGAGCUGUCUAUGGAUAACAAUCAGUUCACAGGAAAGAUUGGACAAGGUUUGCAUAGCUUGGAGUACUUGGAACUGCUUGACAUUUCGAACAACAAUCUCUCUGGUGUGAUUCCGAGCUGGCUUGGCGAAUUACCAUCCUUAAGUGCGCUCUUGCUUUCAAACAACUCAUUGGAAGGUGAGAUAUCUCUUUCGUUGGUCAACUUGCCUUAUCUUGAGCUGAUGGACCUCUCUGCAAACACUUUAUCUGGGGACAUACCUCCAUACAUCAACUCGAGAUGGCCGGUUGUAUUACUCCUUCAAGAUAAUAACUUAUCAGGGGUCAUUCCGGACACAUUGCUGACGAAUGUCACUGUGCUUGAUCUGAGAAACAACAGAUUGUCUGGGAAUAUUCCCGAGUUCACCAACACCCAAAACACCCAUACUCUUCUUCUUCGAGGGAAUCGUUUAACAGGCAGUAUUUCUCGCCAGUUGUGUGGCCUAAGAAACAUCCAGCUUCUUGAUCUUGCCAACAACAGAUUGAGUGGAUCCCUACCUCUGUGUCUCAGCAAUACAUCAUUUGGUUUGGGAAAAGAGGAUACUUCAUAUGAAUAUGAUUACGGCACUUACAGUGUUAUUUCCGACACUGGUUUUGUGUACAGUGGUCUUUCUUUCCAAAACAGCUUUGGUUUAACAAGGUGGCACAGCAGACAUUUCAAAUCCCUUAUUGUGCUUGAUCCGUUUAUAAUUAUAUACAGGUUAAACACCCGGAUCAAGAUUGAAUUUGCAACAAAGCACCGGUACGAUGUCUACUUGGGUGAAAACCUCAAACUGUUGUUUGGAAUGGAUCUCUCAGAGAAUGAGCUCAGCGGUGAGAUCUCAAUAGAGUUUGAAGAUCUUCUGGAGCUACAAGCUCUUAAUCUUUCACACAACCACUUAUCAGGAGUGAUACCAGAAAGCCUUUCAGGUCUGAAGAAUGUGGAAAGCCUUGAUCUUUCCUUCAACAGGUUACAAGGUCGGAUCCCAUCACAACUAGCAAAGCUGAGCAGCCUCGCUGUCUUUGAUGUCUCCUUCAACAACUUAUCAGGAGUCAUUCCACAGGGAAAACAGUUUAAUACCUUUGAAACACAAAGCUUCUUAGGUAAUCCUCUUCUCUGUGGACAACCAACCAACAGAAGCUGCGAGGGCAUUAACUUUCAAGAACCAUAUAAUGGAUUGAAGGACGAUGAGAGCCAAAUCGACAUGGUAUUUUUCUACUGGGCUUUUGCCGCAGCUUAUGUGACCAUACUUCUUGGAAUCUUUGCAUCUCUCUCUUUUGACUCUCCUUGGAGCAGAUUUUGGUUCUACCUUGUUGAUACUUUCAUCCACAAGGCAAAGGAUUAG